AAACUUGGUGAGGUCGGAACCUUUGUGCUGCCGGAACUAAAGUGUGGUAGUACGCUGGCAGCCGGAAGGCUGUAUAAAUAGAGGACUACCAGUUUCCUUCUGGCAGUUGAUCGCUGGGGUUCCGGUGGUGUGGUCGUCGGGUGAGCUCUUCAGCUUCGUUUCCUGUUAUGCAUCGACCGAAUUUUCGACCCCCAACUCCUCCGUAUCCCAGCCCGGGGAUAGGAGGUUGGGGUGGCGGAAACAACUUCCGGGGUGCCCUGGGCGGGGGGCCGCGGCCGCCCUCCCCUCGGGACGGGUACGGGAGUCCGCACCACACUCCGCCCUGCGGGCCCCGGUCUAGGCCGUACGGGAGCAGCCACUCUCCGCGGCAUGGCGGCAGCUUCUCGGGGGCCCGCUUCGGGUCUCCAUCCCCGGGCGGCUACCCAGGCUCCUACUCCAGGUCCCCCGCGGGGUCCCAGCAUCAGUUCGGCUACUCCCCAGGGCAGCAGCAGACCUACCCCCAGGGUUCUCCAAGGACAUCUACACCAUUUGGAUCAGGGCGUGGUAGAGAAAAAAGAAUGUCUAAUGAGUUGGAAAGUUAUUUUAAGCCUUCAAUGCUUGAAGACCCUUGGGCUGGCCUAGAACCAGUAUCUGUAGUGGAUAUAAGCCAACAGUACAGCAAUACGCAAACAUUCACAGGCAAAAAAGGAAGAUACUUUUCUUAACAUUUCUGAAACUCAACUGGAAGCCUCAUGUGUCAGGAACAUCUUGGACAGAACUUUUACUUGUGUAAAUGAAUUGAACCCAAAGAUGAUGACUUUGAAUAAUGAUUAGCAGACCGUUGGUAUAUCUCUAACUUUAUCAAGUUGUUGCUAUUAGAGAAAACGGUAGGACAAUUUACAGUAUUUAGCUAUAUGGGAGUGUGUGCCACAGAACACAGUUUUCAUAUUUAACAUUUCCAAUAUAACAUUUGUUUUUUCAAUGUUUUAAAAUAAAACGUUUUUGUCUUCCUAA